AUGGGUGAAAAAGCAGCGACGAAUGAUGUGGUCACUGCUCUGAUGAAUGCUAUGCGUGACGAAGAUAAAUAUGUCCGAUGGGCUGCGUCUGAAGCACUUGGAAAGAUGGGUGAAAAAGCGACGACCAAUGAGGUGAUCACUGCUCUGCUCAAUGCAAUGCAUGACGAACAUAAAUAUGUCCGAAAGGUAGUGUCUGAAGCACUCGGAAAAAUGGGUGAAAAAGCAGCGACCAAUGAGGUGAUCACUGCUCUGGUAAAUGCAAUGCGUGAUGAACAUUACGAUGUCCGAUGGGUAGCAUCUGAAGCAUUCGGAAACCUGGUUGAAAAAGCAGCGACCAAUGAGGUGAUCAAUACUCUGGCGAAUGCAAUGCAUGAUGAACAUAAUAAUGCUGAAGUUGAUGCAUGUAAUACAAAAGUAUUGGCCAGUCUUAAUACCGAAGGUGCAAUCGCUAAUGCUUAUGAUUUUUGUGUUGGUGAUGGACUUGCAUCAAUAAGAGAAAAAGUUCUAAACAACGUAAAGAAUCUGAAAACAACUGAAACUUACGGUUUACCACUUAAAAUUGAUUUGAAAGUGGGCGCUAAGUAUAUGAUGACAGUGAAUAUUGACACUGAAGAUGGAUUAGUAAAUGGCGCCUGUGGAAAAUUGAUAAUGAUUGAUUAUGGAAAACUGCAAAAGACAAAUGAGACAGUACCAUGUAGAAUAUGGAUUAAAUUUAAUGAAGAGAAAACUGGAAGAAAAGCUAGAGUUAAUUUUCAAAAUGUAAUGCGAAAUAGAAAUAUUGAUCUCAGUCUCACACCAAUUGAACCAGUCACACGACAAAUAAAUACAAAAUCGACAAAUUUCAAAGUAGAACGUAAACAGUUUCCUCUAGUUCCUUGUGAGGCUAUGACUAUAUACAAAAGUCAAGGUGGUACUUAUGAAAAAGUCGUUGUCAAUCUGAAGGAGGGGAUGACAAGAUCUGAAUUAUACGUCGGUUCUAGUCGCGCAACAACAGCAAAUGGUUUAUAUUUAAUUCGUGACUUUGCUCCACCAAAACCACCUGAGAGUAAUGAUGCAGUGGCGAUGAUGUUUAAAACCAUGAGAUCCGAAAGAAUGAUCAAAUUUUCACUUGAAUUUCCUGAAGAAUCUCAAGGAGAAAGAUUUUAUGUGAUGUUCCAUAAUGUACAAUCAUUGAAUAAACAUUUUUUGGAUAUCAAAUCUGACAAAACAUUUUUGUUUGCUUCCAUGAUAAGUCUUGUUGAAACAUGGACAAAACCUGAUGACUCUUUGGAAAUUGAAGGUUUCAAGAUAGUUCAAAGACGUGAUUGUAAUCAUAUACGAAAACCAUUUGGUCAAAUCACUUAUUUAAAAAAAUGA